ACACAUAAACCACAUUAAAUAUACAAUACAGUGCAUUAUAGAUGUACGACAGAUAGCAGUGAGGCACCACCUGUCUGCUUCCCCUCCUCCCUUCUCUCUAGGACCCAGCCUCCUGCUCCUCCUGCUCCCCCUUCUCUCUAGGACCCAGCCUCCUACUACCCCUUCUCUCUAGGACCCAGCCUCCUGUUCCCCUCCUCCCUGCUCUCUAGGACCCAGCCUCUUGCUUCCCCUCCUCCCCUCUCUUUACGACCCGCCUCCUGCCCCUGCUCCCCUCUACAAGACUUCAAGAGUCAUUUCUGGGAAAUCAUGCUGUUUCACAGUGAAACAAGCUGCUUAUGAAAGGGAUUCCCACCCCAUGCAGCAGAACUUGCUUGUUAGAAGGACAGGUGGAGACUUCCAAGCAUUUCUUCAAAUGAUUCCUGCUUAAAAAGGUUGUUGACUCUCAUGUCUUUCAGGGGGCACAGCACUUGGUAGAGAUCAUGGCUUCUACAGGACAUGUGAAAAACCCAGAACAUAAGAUUGAGGCUGCAGAGGGCAUGCUGGGAAAUCCUGUGAGCAGUGACACAACUAGCAGUGUGAAGACUCUUCCAACAAGUCCACCUGGCAAACCUUCAGCUCGUGAUGAUGCUGUAACAGAAAAGAUUAAGGCUGCGUGUGUCUCCCGCACGCUGGAGAAUCCUAGUAUUUACCAGCUUAAAUUAAAAAAAGAGAUAGCUAGACAUUUCAACAAAUCUGUCUUUGGAACAAAGCCACUAAAUGUGAUAAACAGAACCAUCAUGGUCCUCGGAGCGACUGGAUCAGGGAAAACCACCCUCAUCAAUGCAAUGAUCAACUACAUCCUGGGUGUGGAAUGGGAAGAUGACUUCAGAUUCAAGCUGAUACAUGAAGAAACCAACAGAUCACAAGCUGAGAGUCAGACAUCUGAAAUCACUGCCUAUCAGAUCUAUCAUAAUGAAGGAUUCCAGGUUCCAUACUCCCUCACCAUUAUAGACACACCUGGGUUUGGAGACAUCAAAGGCAUCCAACAAGACAAACUGAUCACUGAAAAGAUCAGGGAGUUUUUUUCUUCCCCGGGUGGCGUUGACAGUAUUGAUGCGGUGUGCUUUGUAGUCCAGGCUGCUUUAGCACGUCUCACACCUACACAGAAAUAUAUCUUUGAUUCAAUUCUCUCCAUUUUUGGGAAAGACAUUAAAAACAAUAUACAAUUACUUGUCACUUUCGCUGAUGGAAAGGCACCUGCUGUUUUGGAAGCCAUCAAAGCUGCUGGUGUGCCUUGUCGUAAGAGUGACAAAGGUGUUCCUGUGCAUUUCAAAUUCAAUAACUCAGCCCUGUUUGAGCCUAAUGGAGGAGACAGUGAAGAUGAUUUUGAAAAACUGUUCUGGAGAAUGGGUUCAACCAGUAUGAGAAACUUCUUCAACAAUUUAAAUACAAUGGAGACAAGAAGUUUGCAGCUGACAAAGGAAGUUCUUGCUGAGAGAAAACAGCUGGAGGUUACUGUGGAAGGAUUGCAACAAAUUAUCAAAGUUGGUUUGAGUAAACUGGAUGAAAUAAGAGAAACACAGAAUGCACUGGAACAUCACAAGGACUGCAUAGAGGCAAAUAAAGACUUUGAGUAUGAAGUGGAGAUUACAGUGCAGGGAGAGAUAGACAUCAGUGAAAGUGGAACGUUUACAACCAACUGCCCAAUAUGUCACUUCACAUGUCAUCAUCCAUGUACAACUAAUACAUUCAAGUACUGGUGUAAGGCAAUUGAUAUGUUGGGCUCCUGUAGAGUCUGCCCUGGCAAAUGUGCCUCCAGUGAUCAUUUAUUACAACAAACAUUCAAAUGGGGGCCUGUAAUCAAAAAAGAAAAGAGAACAUAUGAGAACCUGAAAAAGCAAUAUGAGGAAGCAGAGGGGAAAAAGAUGAGUGCAGAGGAAAUAAUGAAAACCCUUGAGCAGGAAUUCAGUGCUGUUAAAUACAAGGUUCUGGAUCUAAUUGAACAAUUAUCAAAGAGUCGUUCCCGACUUGAAGAGAUUGCCCUACGUCCAAAUCCACUCACAACUCCAGAUUACAUUGACCUGCUGAUCCAGUCUGAGGAACGAGAAGGCAGUCCUGGGUUUAAAGAACGCAUCCAGUCAUUACAACAAGUCAGGGAGGGGGCAGUGAUACUGCAGAAGGCUGCCAGGGGGGAUGAUCUGCUUCCAGAGGAAAAGAAAGAAUUGAAACAAAGUAAACUGGAAGUAGUUAAAGGGCUCUUUACAGACAUCACAGGCUGGUUUUCAAAGGGCAAAAAAAAGUAACAUAGCCUAGGUAAUUGAAAUCUGGUUUUCUUAUAAAAUACCAGAUUUGUAUGUGACCUAAUAAAUCCACACUGUACCCUGUGGAAAUUCAACUGAUUUAUUAAAAAUAUUAAUUUCUUGAACUCCUUGAAUAAAUAAGCUUUUUAGAGCAGUCAGUAAAACAAUGCAAGUGCUUUGUAUUGAGAUUGUGAUAUGGAUACAUUACUUUGACUUUCUUGUUAUUCAUCAUAUUGUGUAUCAUUCAUACCUCUGAGAACAUUUAUUAUAGACAACAAAAUAAUGAAUGGUUGUGUAGAGAGUAAAGAUGAGUAAAAGCAGGUGCAAUAUCAGUGAUGCAACCAGAACAGCCUGUUCAGAAUAUAGAUCGUUUCUGAUGCCAUCCUUCCUUCAGAACUGCACCACCCAAAGAGACUGAUUAGAGUAUUUUAGGACAGUAAUCAGUCAUUUGCUUUUAUUGUAAAUCCUUAUUAUUAGGCUAAUAGUUAUAACUGUGUUAGUGCUUUGCAACAGUGAAAGAGACCGUGAUUGCACUCUCUCACUGGUGAAAUAUGGCUUCCAUUUUAACAUGUUUAAUACAAGUAGCUGAUUUGAUUUCUUUUUUAAUUAAAUAAAUGUAUCACUGUCAUUUAAACUGUCUUUGUUAAUCAGUUUUAAAUAAAUACAUUUGUGAGUUAUUCA